CAGACGACACUAAAAUCCGGGAAUACCUCGGAAUCGUUCGGUAAGUUCCGUUGACAAUCGGUAUUAUUGACAGAGAGAUCGUUUGGCGCCAAAUUUCAAUUUCGCGGCAAAGUGUCUGUGAAAGUGGAGCAGGGGAAGUUUUAGCAGAGCUUUGGUUUUAGUACCUAUUGAAUCUGCAACUGAGAAAGUUGUUGCAAAUCAAGGGUGUUUUCUGUGAGUUGUUGGUUUGAGAAUUCCAGGUAAUAUGGAAGAUUUGGGAAACCAGGAGAGAGUUUGCUCACUUUGUGGUGCAGAGUUUUCUACCAUUUCAUCGAGGAAUAGGCAUUUGCGAAAUAUUCACGAAGUGAACUCCACUACGACUUCGAAGUCUCAUAUUGUUUGCCCACUCUGUAAAACAAAUGAGAUGAACUGUGGGACAUAUAAAAAAUUAGAAAAUCAUUUAGCAUUGGAGCAUGAUGUUAAAGUGGAGUUUGAGACACAUCACUUCCCUAGUUCAGAAAAUUAUGAACAUUGGUUUGAGACAGAGAAACUAGAAAGAAUAUAUGCAGUCCACGGAGUAAAAAAAUAUAAGGAUUAUAUUCUAAAGUCUUAUGUUUGUAACAGGAGUAAUUCAAAAGGGUUUGAAAGCAAAAGUUGUAAGCGAAUGGAAAAGGCAGGUGGUUCCAUCAAGAUCUAUGGAGUAUGUCCAUCUCGAAUCGAGACUAAGAUUCUUCUUACAGGAGAGACUUUUUCAAGAUAUUGGAAAAAACACGUAGGUCAUGAAGAGGAGAUAAGAAACCAACAUUUAUCGAAACAUGAGAAAAAAGAAAUUGUAAAAAAAUUAUGUGAUGGUGUUACAGUGGAAAGAAUUAUUUCUGAUGCUAGGAAUAUAAAAUCUGACAAAUUACAAAGGCUGAAUUUGUUGAACAGAAAAGAUAUAUCCUAUUUGUCAAAGAAGCAUAAUGUAUUGCAAAAGAAACAUGAGAAUACAAUGAUAGCUGUAAAUCUUAAAGUGAAGGAAUGGAAUGACAAUGGAAGAAACUACUGCUUCUUUUUUAAACAGCAAGGUGAACAUCAUCCAAUAUUGAAUUCUAGUGACUUUUGUUUAGGGUUUAUGAAUAGUGUGAUGGAAACAAAAUUGAAAAAUUUUUCAAGAAUUAUCUGCAUGGAUGGAACACACUGUACCAAUCAGAAGGGAAUGGAUCUGACUAUAAUGCUGGUGAAAGAUGACAGGAAUAUGGGUUUUCCAGUGGCCUUUUUUCUCAGCAAUAGAUUGGAUCAGAUCACUCAAGAAGUUUUCAUGCAAGCGUUGCGUGAGAAAGUUGUGGAUGUAAUACAUCCAGAAUAUUUCAUGAGUGAUGAUGACCCAAAAUACUAUAACGCUUGGGUAAAAGUCAUGGGAAAUAGACCAAGAAGGCUCUUGUGCACCUGGCAUGUCAUUAAGAACUGGGUGAUCCAAGGCAGAUCGAAAAUACGGAAUCAAGAAAUAAGAAAAAGUAUGAAGUUUGAGAUGAAAAAAAUACUGAAUGAAAUGGACGUUCAGAAAUUCAAAGAAAAGAGCCAGAGAUACUUCGAAAAACUGGAAAAUGCUGAAGAAUUAGUUUUCCUCAAUUAUCUCAAGAAAUAUUAUUACCAAAGUGAAGAAAGGAUAGCUAUGUGGGCUCAUUCCUAUAGACUUUAUGCAGGCAUUAACACCAAUAUGGCCUUGGAAAGUCUGAACAAUAUCCUGAAAACCAACCAGUUGAAGAGAAAAGCAAAUGUAACAAUUGAUCUCCUACUGAACGAAAUUGAAAAUUUAGUUGAUGGCAAAAUGUGGCAAAGGAUAUUAAAGAUGGAAAGACCGCAUUCCAAUAACUAUCAAGACAGGCUUGUUGUUAGGGCUCAUAAAGCUGCGGAAAUAUUACAUUCAGAGAAAAAAACAGAAGUUUUGGAUGUGGGAUUUGGAGAGUUUCUGGUAAAAUCUUCAACAGGUGAUAAGUUUUACAAGGUAGUAUAUCAUGAAUUGUGUGAGAUAGAAUGCCGAACAUUAUUCUGUAAAAUUUGUAAAGUUUGCAUUCAUCGAUAUAGAUGUGAAUGUCCUGAGUUUGCCAUAAAAACUAACAUGUGUAAACACAUACAUCUAGUGUGUUUGCAUGAGCAAAGGUCGGGAAGUGAUUCUGUUUUAGGUGAUGUUGCCAUACAGCUGUCUUUGGAAAAACCUUCAGUGAUCAAAGAAGCUAAUAGUGAAGAAAUUCAGGACUUUAUAAAGGAAAAGAAAUGGACAAUGGAAAUAUGUUGGAUAAAAAAGCAAUAAGAGAGGCGAAACUUGAAACUGUGAACAACUAUUUGAGAUCUCUGGAUGAUGACGAAUUUGAUAGGUGUGUGGCUAAAAUUAUGGUGAUGGCAAAAGGGGAUAAAGUAUGUCCUAAAAGGAAACUAGAGAAACAAGAAUUCUUUUCAUCAAAGAAAAGAAAGUAAACGGGUUGACUGGUUUUUUAUUCUUUUGUAUAUAUUUAGAUGCAUGCAUAUUUAUUUUAAGUUCAAGUGGUGGAUGUUUUAUAAGGUGAUGGUAUAAUAUUCUUGUUUUUGCUGAUAUUACUCACUUGUAAAUAUAGAUACAUGUAUUUUAAUUAGCUUAUAUAACAUAGAAUUAGAUUAUAACAUAAGCAUGUGAACUCAUUUGUUAGAUUUUGUGUUGGUUCAAAAAUCACUCAUAAGUUUCUUUGAAGUUUCUUCUUAUGAGUUGUAAUCGAAACUUCGGAUUUAAAAUGUUUCAAUAAAAUUCUCUAGUGAUA